AUCGGUGACCUCGAAUGCAGCCUUUAUAAGAAGUUAUUAGAUGCUGCAUUUUUUUUUUACAGAGGAUGCUGCGCCCGGUGUGGUUUUCAGCACCUUGGACAGCUACACGGCCGCUGCCUCACCUGGUCUGCUGCUGUGAACAGGUGCGGCAAGAAGGGAGGCUUAAACUUUACGCAGCGUUUAUUUGCCUGUGAAGGCCUUAUCAACAAACGACUUUCAAAUACAGCAGAUUUGAAUCGCAACCCCAAAGCUCACUGCAUGAAGCUGGCGAUUAUCUUUGGCACUGAGGUGCAAAUUGAGUCAGAGAUAUGAUGGAGGUGUAGCAAGAUCCCGAGAGGUAGAACCCCAGAUUCCCUGGAUUGCAGGAUGAAAAUAGAGGUGGCUGCUCUGGGUGAUUCAGGCCCGAAAGACGCUUGUGGGGGUGUCUCCUCAUAACAAGUGACUGAACCGGGCCUGCAGCGGUCCAUCUUGCGUGUCAUCCUCCCCCUACAGAGGUGAGGCCUGUUGGUGUGUAACUCAAACCGCAGACCACCUCCAUUUCUGCUGGAUUGUGAUUAUCUGGCAGUAGAUCCUAUAACUGGGUGGUCAUGUGUGCCUGCUUCAGUCUCCUUGUGUGUGCGAGCAGCUCCGUCCUUGUCUCUCCCUCUCUCCUCGCUCCAUCUUUAUCACCUCCAGUAUUUGCGUUGCGCUCCAGCCGUACACCGCCUUCAGCGACCCCGCUGUGACCACGUAUCCGCCCUGAGAGCUCCCUGGGACGGGCCGCCUUUUAAACCUGAGCCGUGGUGCCGAGAUCCCUGCGGGAGUCAGACCCAUUUAAGUGCAUACCUCAAUGCGGGGCCGCUGACGGGAAAAUAAACACCUUGGACUGCUUAUACGAGCAGCGACCUCCUGCUGUGACAACCUCCUGUGUUUCAGUGGGUCUGAUGUUUUUCACCGCCACCACUGCUCCCAUCCCCGGCGUCUAAACCUGCACAGGGAAGCUGCAGGCCCAACUGAUUUGUGCACGAACUUUUGUUGUGCUAUUCGUGUUUUUGAGUUAUUUAAAAUAGGGAAAUAGAAAAGCAAGUGAAUCUCUUAUGCAUAGUGACAUAGUAUAGUUGCAACUUUUAAAGAAAACCUGGAAAAAACGUAUAAAGUCUGGUUUCUAGACUCUGGGCCGCAAAAUGUAAGUUUAGGAACCAAUGAUGUAAGUAAUUGCAUAGGAGAACGAGCGAAACACCACUUAACACUGCAAAAAUGACCCUGAACAUGUAACGAGGUAGUCUAAUUCCUUGUAAAAAGAAAUCCCACUUGCUUUGUUUAUUUUGCAAUAAAUCCAAGAGGGGGGAAAACUCCAUGGGCGUUUGGAAGAGAAAUAAGUUUGGGUGGAGCAGAGAGAAAGAAUUCUACUGCACCAUCCUUCCAGUCUUGUGAAAAGGAGAACCGAUGUCUUAAACCUAUUCCUAAUAUUAUAAGUAGAACUCUCCUUCUCCUGCAGUAUUGUGUUACACCCCUCCUCACCCAAUCACAGCGCUCCCCCAAAUCCUCCUGCCCGCUCCUCGCUAUAAGAGUUCGGCUCGUCCCAGUCUGGCAGACACCUCUGCCUCUCCGUGGCGCAAGACAUUUACCGUAAUACUAGCCCACAGCUCACUAUAGGCCACGCUCCUUAUUACCUGCCCUGUUUGUUGAUGUUGUAACCACUUCAGUGGAUUUGGGUCAGGGGUUAUAACGGUCUGAAAGGCCGCAGAAAAGUUUCUUUUGUUUAAGACGAUGCGGGAAGACGACUCCCCUCCGAUGGACAGCGCUGGAAACAGCGAGGAGGAGACCGACCGUCAGCUGCCGCGGAGAGGCGCGAGGAAGCGGCGGCAAGCACGGAGGAGCACCGAUGAAGAGGAGGAGGGAGACGUGGAAAGUUCGGACCCCGGAAAGAAGAAAUGCAGAAAGAACUGCGACGGAGGAGGAGGAGGAGGAGGAGGAGGCGGCAGCACGGGGAGCGGCGACAGCGAGGCCGGUUGCAGCCCAGCGCGCUCCUUCGAUGACCUACAGACUCAACGUGUGAUGGCCAACAUUCGCGAGAGGCAGCGUACGCAGUCCCUGAACGAGGCGUUCACGUCGUUACGUAAGAUCAUUCCCACACUCCCGUCGGACAAACUCAGCAAGAUCCAGACUCUGAAGCUGGCGGCCCGGUACAUAGACUUCCUGUGCCAAGUUCUGCAGAGCGACGAGCUGGACGCGCGAGGGACCAGCUGCAGCUACGUGGCGCACGAGCGGCUGAGCUACGCGUUCUCGGUCUGGAGGAUGGGGGGCUCGUGGUCCUUGUCCACCACGUCCCACUAGCAGGACCAGGACUGUUGCUGCUGAUGGGGCAUCAUGAUUGGCCAGACUGAAGAACCAGUGAAUCAGGCCAACCCUUCUAUUGGCCAAACACAGCUGAGGCCCAGGCUCAGCCGCUGCGCUUCAGGCCUCAGAGGAAAGCAGCCUUUUCAUAUUUCCCUUUGCAUGGAUUGUAAUAUUUGCAAGGGAGCACUUAGGACAGACAGGACGGAUAUGAAGAAAGACCACUGCGACUAUGAAUGUUGUAAAAACAAAGGGAGCUCUGAUGAACUGCUCGGUUUUGAAACACGAGAGAAAAAUGACAAUUCAUUCCACAUUCCCUGUGACAGUGUUUCACAGAAAAUGAAGUAUUUUGUAUUUAUUUUUCUACACAGGUUUGAAAUUCCUUUCCCCUUCUCAAAUAAAAGUUAUUUAUUUUUGGGAUAUCACAGAACCCUGAAUGGAUCUAGAGUCUGUGUGCUUUGAGUGUUGUAAAUAUUUGGUAAUAUGCUCAAUAAAAGAGAAGAAGGUA